CACAACCACCUUUCAUUCACCUCACCUACUUUUCGCCAUUUCAAGGAUUGAAAAUUAAUCUUUCAACCAAAAGUCUAGCAUUGCACAACCAAAAUCCAGGUUGCCUGCUGGCUCUCCCUCCAUCCCACUACUCCCCACAAUCAACAUGGCGGAUACACUGCAUAAUGCUCCUAUCGUUUUAGAUAAUGGUUCCGGUACGAUUCGAGCUGGGUUCGCUGGUGACGAUCUGCCAAAAUGUUACUUUCCCUCGUUCGUUGGGAGGCCAAAACAUUUGCGAGUUCUGGCGGGUGCCUUGGAAGGAGAUGUGUUUAUUGGACAAAGAGCGCAAGAAUUAAGAGGACUGCUAAAGAUUAAAUAUCCACUGGAACACGGCAUAGUCACAGAUUGGGAUGACAUGGAGAGGAUAUGGGAAUAUGUUUAUGGAGAAGGUCUCAAGACCUUGAGCGAAGAGCAUCCCGUUUUAUUAACAGAACCACCCCUCAACCCCCGAAGUAAUCGAGAUACGGCUGCACAAAUUCUAUUCGAAACCUUCAACGUCCCCGCUCUAUACACUUCAAUUCAGGCUGUCCUUUCACUGUACGCAUCGGGGCGAACGACUGGAAUAGUGCUUGAUGCCGGAGAUGGAGUCUCACAUGCAGUCCCAGUAUACGAAGGUUUUGCUAUGCCAAGCUCAAUACGAAGGAUAGAUGUGGCUGGACGAGAUGUUACAGAAUACAUGCAAACUUUAUUACGGAAAGCUGGAUACGUUUUCCAUACUAGCGCAGAGAAGGAAGUGGUGAGAAUGAUCAAGGAGAAAGUAAGCUAUGUUGCAGGAGAUCCAAAACGUGAAGAAAAGGAAUGGUCUGGUGCAAAGCUGGGGGAUGGAAAGGUUGUCGAAUACGCAUUACCUGAUGGUAAUAAGAUCAAGAUUGGAGCAGAAAGAUUUAGAGCACCUGAGAUUCUGUUUGAUCCCGAGAUUAUUGGUUUGGAAUACCCAGGUAUCCAUCAGAUUGUAGUGGACGCAAUCAAUCGCACAGACUUGGACCUUAGAAAGUCUCUAUUUGGGAACAUUGUUUUGUCCGGUGGCAGCACUUUAACCAAAGGUUUUGGAGACAGAUUACUUCACGAAGUACAACGAUUAGCAGUUAAGGAUAUGAGAAUCAAGAUCUUUGCUCCACCAGAGAGAAAAUACUCAACCUGGAUUGGUGGUAGUAUCUUGGCUGGUCUGAGCACAUUUAGAAAGAUGUGGGUAAGCAUUGAUGACUGGCAUGAGAAUCCCGAUAUCAUUCAUACGAAAUUUACAUAAUAAACUCCUGACUCUAUCCGCGCUUGUGGCACUCCCAACUCCCCGUCCAUCGGCCAUUCAUCGUCCAAAUUCAAAUAAUAAUCGAGUCAAGCCAAACAUCCGCUUCCUCGGUCCAAAACUCCACGCAGAAUCUUCUUCUACCACAUCUUCCACUUUAGCGUGGUUUAAUCUGCAUAUGACCUACCAUGCAUUCGGCGGCGUAUGCAAUCUUGUUUGCAGGAAUGGAGCUUGGACUCGUUGCUUAUAUUUAUGGAUGUACAGCUAUGCUACCUGUAUGAGAAAAGAUAGACUAAAUUCAUGAUACCCAUUAC